AUGGUCAAGCUCAUCUGCGUAAUCGGUGUGACCGGCAACCAGGGCGGCUCGGUCGCCCAGCGCUUCCUGCGCGACGGCGACUACCGGGUGCGGGGCAUCACGCGGGAUCCCGCGUCCCCCGCGGCGCAGAAGCUGGCCGCGCAGGGCAUCGAGAUGGUGCAGGCCAACCUCGACGACGUGUCGAGCCUCAUCAGGGCCUUUGACGGCGCCAAUCUCAUCUUCAGCGUCACCAACUACUGGGAGCCGUUCUUCCGGCCCGACUGCCGCGCCCAGGCGGCCGAGCAGGGCAUCUCGUGCCGCCGGUACGCGUACGAUGUCGAGUACCAGCAGGGCAAGAACAUUGCCGAUGCGGCGGCGCAGGUGGUCGGGGGCCUGGAUGAAAAUGGCUUUAUUGCUUCGACGCUGAGCCACGCCGGGAAGUGCAGCAAGGGGAGGUUUAAGGAGCUGUAUCACUUCGACGCGAAGGCGGAUGUGUUUCCGGACUAUGUCAAUGCAAAGCAUGAGGCGCUUGCGAAGAAGAUGAGCUUGGUGCAGACGGGGUACUUCAUGUCGAGCUACAAUUAUGCUCCUGAUGCGUACUUUAAGAAGACCGAAGAUGGAACUUUCGUAAUGAGCUUCCCGACCAGCCCAGAAGCCCAAGUCCCCCAUUUGGACGUCAACACCGACGCGGGCCCCUUCGUCUACGCCGUGUCGCAGACGCCGCCGGGCAAGACGUACAUGGCGGAGGGCACGCGCUGCAGCUGGCCAGCCUUCUUGGAGUUGUGGGGAGAGGUCAACAACAUGCCGACGAAGUACCAGGAGGUCACGAUUGAGCAGUUCGUAGAUCUGUCGGCUGAUGCCGAAUUUGGACGCGAGGCGGGCGAUAUGUUCAUGUACACUUCUGAGCCGGGUUAUGAUGGUGGGGAUGAGUCAAUUCUGAGGGCAGAGGACUUGAGAAAGGCGGGCAUCGAAUGUCCAAUGACUAGCAUUAAGGAGUAUUUUGAGAAGCACGAUUGGACAUCUGUGCUUAAUCAAUGA